AAUGACAAAGCGACAAGUGAGUGUCAAAAAAUUUCUCACUUAUUCAUUUUCACCGGUUGAGCGAUAACUUCCAAUAAGAAAUUUAAUAAUCUUAACUUAAAAGUAGUGUAAUUCGUGUGAAUGAAGUUGUAAACAAUAAAGUGAGUAGUAAAAUUCUGAAGUAAACGAAAUAAAUUUCAUAUACUAAACGUUGAACAGAAAGUACUUAAUCAAAAUGCGUGUCCAUUUACUGAUAGUGGCUUUCAUAAUCGUUUUGGUACAAAGCACCAAAGCACUGAAAGAAGAAGAUUGUGAAGUUUGUAUAAAGACGGUUAAGCGUUUCGCCGAUACUUUGGAUCAGGACACAAAAAAAGAUCACAAGAAAAUUGAAGACGAAUUCAAGAGUUUCUGUAAAAAACAAAAAAACAAGGAACACAGAUUCUGUUACUACUUGGGUGGUCUGGAAGAGUCAGCUACUGGUAUUCUAAAUGAGCUAAGCAAACCACUGAGUUGGUCCAUGCCUGCCGAUAAGAUUUGUGAGAAACUUAAGAAGAAAGAUGCGCAAAUCUGCGAGUUGCGUUAUGAGAAACAAAUUGAUUUGAACAAUGUCGAUCUGAAGAAACUGAAAGUGCGAGACUUGAAGAAAAUUCUUAACGAUUGGGAUGAAAGCUGCGAUGGUUGCAUUGAGAAAACCGAUUUUAUUAAGAGAAUAGAAGAACUGAAACCGAAAUAUGCUCAUAAUGAAUUAUAAGAAUUAAUUUUCUAAUUUUACACAAAUUUAAUUUAUACAUGCAUACACGUAUAUACAUUUAUGGGCAUACACUCAUUUUUAUUUUCGAAUGAGCAUUGCGUCAUUUUAUGGCUUUUCGAGUUUUAGAUGAAUUUCGUCGUAAAAGUUAUAUGAUUUUCGCAUAUGGAGAUUGUGAGAAAAGGAGAAUAAUGAAAUAAAUUAAUUCAACCCACUGAAACAAAUUGUUUGUUAAAAA